AUGCAGGUGGGAAUUUUAAUUGACUUUGAUGAACAUUGCACAAAGCCCUAUGUCUUCAGUCAAGUUAGUCCUUUCAUUUUCUGGCUCCGGAGAGUUACACAGCCCAGUCGUUCACCCUGGCCUAAUCAAAGACCUGUGAUUACUUCUCCUUCUAACAACCUGUCAGUCUCUACCAGUAGCAAAGAUUCAACUUUUAUCUCGCCAUCUACUGGUGUUCAUCCACACUUCAUCUCUCUGCCACAGCCUCAAGCUCUAGCAGAUCAUAUUUCUGUGCAAUAUGCUAUGCCAUGGCAAGCUACAAUCUUCAGUUGUGGGAAUCAGAUCUGCAGUGGCUCCAUUAUUAGUAGCUACUGGGUUCUCACUGCUGCCCAUUGUGUGCGAAACAUGAAUCCUGAAAACACUCUUGUGAUAUUGGGACUUAGACAUCCCAGAAAACCUCUGAGAGUUGCUAAGGUGACUACUAUUUUACUGCACGAAAGAUUCCGGUUAGUGAGUCAGGCUGCAAGAAAUGACCUUGCUUUGGUGCUUCUUCGAGAAGGCCAGAGUUCUAUUCAUAUAAUGGCACCUUUGGGCAGCAUAAAGGAUUUGAACACUUCAGAAUGCUGGCUUUCUGGACCCCAAAUUCUUAAACAAGGAUAUAUAUUUGAAAAUCUAGAUAUGUUACAGAUACAAGUGAUGGGGGCAUCCAAAUGUGCCUAUCUCUAUCCAGACAUAGGAAGUUCUACGGUUUGCUACAAUGCACAAGCAGGUGUUCCUGAAAUAAGCAUCGAGUCAAUGAGUCCAGGAAGUGCUGUGAUAUGCAGACCACUAUAUGGAAAUCGCAAAUGGAGACAAAUAGGCUUCACUAGUCUCAAGCGUCUAGCUACCAUAGUUGCUCCACACUUUUCCUGGAUCUUGUCCUCAACAGCAAAGUCAGGCUAUCCCUUAGAUCAGGCACUCAUUCCUUGGGUGCAGAGAGCCUCAGGAAUGCCCCAGACUGGGUUAGGGGAGCAAGAGGGAGAGCAGGGGGAGCAGGCAGAGGACAGUACCCUGCCCAUCCCCAAGAGUGCAGUGCAGGAGGCAGUCUGGAGAAGGGCUGCACAGAGCUGCAGAGACUAA